CGCAACUGUUUUUAGUUAUUGCUGCUCUAAAAAGGCGCGAAAAUAAUUCAUUACCAAGCCAGAAUUUACUUUCAACAAUUAAUUAAUCAAUCAAUCUGCAAAUUAAUUUAAAAUGUCUAGCGAAUAAUUCUAAUUACUUAAAUAAUCACUAGGUGGUACAUUUAAAAAUAAAGUGUCAUUAAUUACAAAUAGUAUUUAUUAAUUUUCUGUUGUUGAAGAUCAAGACCCAAUAAGUAAAUUAAACCAUGGAGUUAAUGAACAAUUAUUUGGAAACUCUUGCUGGGUACAUUAAUGAUGAAGACAAGCUUGUUACGUAUAAAUGGCUGAGCAAAGAGCUAGAAGUCCAUGUAAAUUUAGCUAAAAAAAUUCUGGAAGAGUAUUGGAAUAAAAACAAAUCAAAUGAUCAACUUGUAGCCACAAUAAUGAUAAUAGGACACACCAAAGACGGAGGUAUGCGUGUUGAAGUUGUCAAGGAAUCAGAUUUUGGUGUCGCUGCUGAUAAGUAUGAUAGAAUAAUAUCCCAGCAUUUGUACAGCUUGCAGAAGUCUCUGCCAGACAUUCAGUUGCUGGCUGAGGCAGGUCAAGGUGACACUAAAUUUUCAGCUAUUACUUGCGAGAAUGCUGUUUUAUUGAGCGACGAAGAAUUAUUCAAACGGAGAUGGGGCUCUGAUAAAACCUACAUGCCAUCAGUUGCUGCUGCUGCUGUCACUGCUGAACGUAAGCCUGUGGAGACAAAGAAAAAUAUUUUUAGUAAUUUUACUAAGUCUAGUGAUAAAGUCAGUGAUAGUAAGACUAAUAGUAAGAGCAAUGAUGACAAUGGAGUAAGUAAUGGAACUCAUAGCAGUAAUGAUGUCAAAGAAGAUAAAGUUGAAACUAAAAAAGUGUCACCAGUUAAAAGUAAACCCGCUGAAACAAAGAAAGGUGUCUCUAAGAAACCUGUACAGUCUCAGAAAACUGGACUAAGUAAUUUGUUUGGUAAAGUUGCUGUUGCUAAUUCUAAAAAAUCACCACCAACCAAAAAUAAAGAUUCUGCUGAUAAAAAUAAUGAUAAUAAAAGUAAUGGAGUUGAAGAAAGUCCGAUGGAAGUUGAUGAAAGUCCUAAAAUAACUGAGACCAAUGGAGUAUCUGCAAGUAAAUCGAAUUUAACACCUAAAGAUUCGGGUUCUACUUCUAAUUCAGCUUCGGAUAGUAAGAACAGCAACGAUAAAUCGAGUCAGAAGAGUAAUGGUGACAUUAAAGCUAAAAAUAAUAAAAUUAAACAAAAUCGCGGCAGCAAACGUAACAGAAGUAGAGACUCCAGUAAGGAGGAUACUAAGAAAAGAAAACGUAUCUUCUUGGCGUCGGAUUCGAGCGAUGAAUCAGCUGCCAGUGAUCCCGAGCCCGAUUUAUUUGAUGACCCACCUCCUGAAGAACCUGUAGUGGUAAAAGAAAAAUCACCAACACCUCCACCAGCUAAACAGGUCGAAGGUAAACGCAAAGUGCGUAAAGCUGUCGAUAAAACUUUUAUGGACGAGGACGGCUACCUCGUUACCAAGAAAACUUUUGUCUACGAGAGCGCUUCUGAUGAAGAGCCGCCAACACCAGCGGCAAUUAAAGAAGUUGAGGUGAAAAAGGCUACAGCCGCUCAGAUUAAAAAACAAAACAAACAGACUUCUAUCAUGAGCUUUUUCAAAAAAGCUUAAGUGUUUUUUUUUUUUUUACGUAUUAUGUUUAAAUAAUUACUAAUUAGUUUAUUGGAUUAGUAAUUAAUAUUAUUGAUAAUUAAUUAAUUUUUCUGAUUGUUUGGAUGUUUUUUAGUACAAAGUUUAAAUGACGUACCUCUGUAAUUUUUAAAUAUUUCAAUUAGAUAAAUUAAAUUUAAAAUAAAUUGAGCAAAUGUUUGUAUAGAAAUUAUUCAUUUUUAUUCUUUUACCUGGGAAAAAUACUCAUGGCCACUCAUAUCUGAUCAGAUACAAAAAAAUGGGCCUACCGGGUCAUGUAUGAUCUUUAAAUAAUAUCUGAGUAUUUGUUACCAGAUAACAAUAAAUAAUGGCUGUGGUUUAUAGAAAAAAUGUAAAUAAAUUCAAAAGAUAUGGAAUCAUGAAUCCGAUGACGCAGAUCAGAUAAAAGUUCUUAUCAGAAUUCAGUUCUGUUGCAAGAUACCGAUAGGACAUAGCUCUUCAGUCUAAUGAUUAAUUUAAUAGAUUAAGAGUGAGUUUUCAAAAAUGUAUUUUAUUGUUAUAGUUUUGUUAAUUAAUUUUUUAAAAUCAUCUUCGGGCAAUUUGUGUCAAGUGUGCGUGUGCUCAGGUGCAACAAUUGAUUGCAAUGGAAGAUUGAAUUCCAGCGACACAAAUAUUUUAAAAUUACUAACAAGUGAACUCACCCAGGAAAUAAUUUUAUCAAGUGACAAUACGUCACUGGAAAUUUUAAACCUUAGAAACAAAAUAGAAGAAUUUAAAAUCGUUGAUUUGUCUGAUAAUAAUUUAAAUGAAAGCGCAGUAAAUGCACUGACUAGUCUAAUUAAUUUAGAAGAAGUUAAUUUUUCUUUAAAUAAUUGGAAGGCAUUAAGUGCAGAUGUGUUUGAUAAUUUUUUAUCACUAUCUAAGCUCGAUUUGAGUCACAAUUUAAUAACAGAGAUAAGCAACCGCCCGUGUAAUUUGACUCAUCUAGAUUUAUCUUACAACAGACUAAAAAUUCUAACAGCCAGACAACUCAAUUGCCCUCAGUUAAAGUUUAUAAAUUUAUCUUACAAUUUAAUAACGUCAAUAAACGACCAAGCGUUUGUAAAUUUGAAUUCACUCGAUACAUUACUUCUCAAUAAUAAUUUAAUUCAGUCCCUCGAUAUCUUGUGUCCGUCUUUAAAAAAUCUCUCAGUCGCUCACAAUAAAUUAUCCCACCUUCCGUCAAAUCUAUCAGUCGAUUUUCUUGAUAUAAAUCACAAUUUUAUCUCCACAAUCCAAACAAAUCCGACAACCAAUCACUUAAAAUCAUUAGAUAUCAGCAGAAAUAAUUUAUCACUCAUAAACGCGACGUUUAUUAAUUUAAAAACCCUCAAUAUUUCUUACAAUUAUUUUUCUUCCCUCCCACCGCUUUCUGUUAAAAAUUCACCGGCUCUCGAGGAGAUUAUAGUCAGCGGCAAUCCUCUGACUAAAUUAAUUUUUAAUCAGCAAAUAAAAUUGAAAAGAUUUAUUGCAAGUGAUUUAAAUAAACUGGAGAGUAUUGAUGAAGAUUCAUUUAAUCUGUUGCAAGAGCGCGAUGACAGUUGUAUCAAUUUAACUAUUUCUUCAAACAAAAAUUUAAAAUCUCUGCACAACAAUUCGUUCAAAAAUCUUCAUGUCUGCUACUUGGAUUUAAGUAACAAUGGACUCGAACGUAUAUCAAGACGAUCAAUAAAAAUAUUAAAUGAAUCGAUACCCAAGUACGGGAUUAAUUUACAAGGAAAUCCAUUGAUUUGUGACUGUGAAUCUCAAUGGAUGCUAGACGAUUUAUUACCAAAAUUAUACAGAAUUAACUCAGCACUUCUAGCUAAUUUAAGAUGUAAUAAACCGACAGAAGUAUUUAAUGUACGGAUGGUACAUUGGUACAAAUGGAAGACAAAAGUACUCUGUAAAUCAUCAAAUAAAUUCGAGCGACUUGUUGCUAGUGAGGAUAAUACUUAUACAGUAGCACAGAGUUCAACGAUUAUUAUCAAAUCAAGCAACAGUGUUAAGUUUAUUAUCAUCGGGGCUGCGACAGUACUGUCAUUAAUAACAAUUAUUGGUCUUGCACUAUCUGAAAAAUUGGCUAAAAAACAUCGCAGACGUAACAGAAGAUUAUAAUCGUCUUGAUAAAUAUUUAUUAAAUAAUUUAAUUGGUA